AACUAGCAAUCGGGUCUCAGCUUCAGAAAAAAUGGAGACGCAGAAGGAAAGUGGCGGAGAAGGCGAUCGGAGACAGUGGUGGUGGUGCUGGGCGUUGGCAAGUACUGGCCAGUUAGUGUGGGGCAUUUCAUCGAUUAAAAGGGGAUAUGCAGGUGACUCUCGAUUUAUGCCGUUAAAAGCCUUUGCGGUUGCCUCUCUCUUUGUCGGCUCCGCCGCCUCAGCCUCCUUCGCUGCAAUUCGAGCCUCCGGCAUCCACAAGGUGGAGGAUCUAGUGCAAUUAGGAACAAGUAUAAGGACUGGACUUGGAGUUCCUACAAGAACACCAGAGGAGUAAAAAAUAAUUUAUUUAUUUUUUGGUUUUUCUGUUAUCCAAUGCAGUUAGUGGUUUGUUUUUACUCCUAUCAAACUGAUCCUUGUUCACAGUUUUGUUGAUAAUGAAACCAUGUUGAUCAUCAGAAUUUCUGAGCAAUGAUCAAUUUAGUCGUAAA